UAUAAUAAAAAUAUAAUAUAAUUUAAUAUAAAAAUAUAAUAUAAUAUAAUUUUGUCACUUAAUUAAUUAUUAAAAAUUAUUUUUAUUUAAUUAAUAAUAAGUGAUAAACAAUAUAGUUAUGUGACAACAAUAUGGUUAUGUUGACAAUGAAAAUGGUGAAGCAAAUAAAUGUAAAUAAUACAACAUAACCUCAUGUUAUCCAUUUUGUUUUUUAAAAAUAUCAUUAUAAAAUAAACUUGAAAUAAAUACCUUUAAUUUUUAUAAAUACUAUGGAUACAAAUACAAAAUUAUGUCAGGGUAAGGAUAUUUUUGAAAGGAUGAAUUACCUGUACCAGGCAAGUUAUUUAAUGGCUUUGAAAAAUAGAGUAGCAGCAUCAUAUUAUGGAAACAUAAUGGUUGGUUGUGCAAAAAAAUCUGUUUUAAGAAUAGAACCUGAUAUUAAGAGAACAAUUUGUAAAUGUUGUCAAUCUCCCCUUAUACCUGGUGAAACUGCAAAAGUACGAUUAAUAUCAAAACCUAUAAAAAGUGUAAAAUGGACAUGUUUAACAUGUUUAAGUAUUAAAAAAUACCCUACAAAAAAAGGAUACAAAUUAUGGAUAGAACAACCUAAUUCGAUAGUCCAAAUUUUCAAUUAUGAAUCAAAAUUAUUAGAUGAUAAGUCUAAUAAGAAAGAAAAAAAUAGCUUAGAUGAAAAACAUAUGGAUAUUGAAAAGAAUUAAAUAUACACAGAUUUGAAUAUUUAUUUUCACAUGAUGUGAGAUGUGAUGAAUGUGUUGAUAUAUGAAUACUUUUUUUUAUCAAUGACUUACAUAAAAUAUGUUACAAUAAAUUUAUAACCAAUAAACAGAUACUUUUACUAACUAUAAUAUUCGUAACCACCUAGUAAUAUUAUGAUACUGAUAUUAAUUUUACAUUAAAUGUUUAUAGACAUAACAUGAUCGUAGUUAAGUUAUUGUUUUUGAAUAUAUGAUAUACUGUAUGUUUAGAGCCGUUCGCAAUAAAUUUCAUAGACCCCAAUGCACAUAUGUUUCGUUGAGGACGGUUUAGAUGAUGAAAAACAGUGUGGUCUUCGCAGCGCGAAAUGAUUAUGUUUUUACAUAACAUUGAAAUUUGAUGCGAAUGUCUCCAUUUCACUAGCUAUGAUAUGACUAUAUCCGCCCAUCGCCAAUGAGUUGUAAGAAAUCUCAAAUGCAAUUUAACUGUCACUAUAUGCGGGCGUAAUCAAAUCACAGAUUAAUCAGAUAAAAAUCAGUCAUUUAAUCCUAACUUAAAUAAAUAUAACAUAUUGAAAAUUAAUAAUUGUACAUGAACUUAUAUGAUAUAUAUUGAUAUUUCGAUUGAA